GGGAGCAUUCCUCCAGAAAUUUGAACCGGACCACCAUAAGCAAUUGAAAACACCGUUUUUUUUUUUGCUUCUCACUAAUCAAUCAUAUAAUAAAUAAUUACAUUUCACCUUUCACAAAUAAAUCAGCCAUCCACAGUGCUUCGCCGACCACGUUUCCGACCCAUCCCACCACCAGCAAGCCACCGACCAGCUUCGCUUCACCGACUUUGGCGCCCGAUCGGUUCCGCUUGCGUGACUUGAUCGGACGAAGUCACCUGCAGUACAUCGACUACAAAGUAGAGUACGGGCUGCGUUACGAUCCAACGGCCGUGUUUUCGAGUAAACCCAAACGGCCACAACAAGAGCACGAACAACCGCCGCUGCAUACCAGUCCUCCGACCCUGGUGGUUGUUCCACCGAACGUUCAAAACGAUACCCUAGUGAUAAGCGACGAUAACAUUACCACGGUUAAGAUCCACCAACUGGAGUCAACGCCACCACUGAUCGAAGCGGUGGUGGCGGCCAGCACCACUGGAAGUGAAAACAUUAUGCGGCCACCGACGCGGGUGGAAACGGCCUUCGAGCUGUUGGGUGAUCGAUUGAGGGCCCUGCUCCUCAAUAGCCUGGUGCCGAACUCGACCGAGAGCCGGGUGAUCGAGAAGUUGAAGUCGCCGCUGUCGUUGUUCAGUGUGUUCAACGUGAUCAAGUUUGAAAACAGACCGUGUAUUGCGAGGCGCGAACAGCAGCUGGCCACGUUUUAUGGGAUAUGCUAUCACGAGAUGGAAUGCAGCCAGCUGGGCGGGGUGCCGAUGGAUCUUUGCGCCGGAGGUUUCGGAGUGUGCUGCGUUUUUCAGCUAGGUUGUAACGACCAAACGGCUCAGAACAUCAGCUACUUCCAGAGUCCGAACUAUCCGGCGGCGGUGCGCACCAAGCUGACGUGCACCUUCACCGUGGCCCUGCGAUGGAACGUGCGUCAGGUUCUGCUGGAGUUCAUAUUCUUCGAAAUGGGACCACCCACGGAGGGAAACUGCCUGGGCGAUCAGCUGAUCGUGACGGUGCAGAACGGCUUUCAGAAAUGGCCCGUUCUGUGCGGCGUCAACAGUGGACAGCAUCUGUACAUCCAAAUUGAUCGAGAUUAUUCUCAUUUUCUUCAUUUGACUGCCGUGUCCAACUCGAACGAGGCCAAAGCGUUCAAUAUACGGAUAACGCAGCUCACAUCGGCGGAAGCGCCGGAAGGCUGCCUGCAGUACUACACCGGGAUUAACGGGUACAUAAAAUCCUUCAAUUACGACAAUCAAUCCGCGGUGGUCACCGAGAAGAAGCCCAGUUAUCUGAACAACCUAAACUACGCGAUCUGUAUCCGGCGUGCACCAAACUUCUGUGCCGUUACGUUCGACAACAUCGGCGAAAAUGGCGAAGCGAACCAAUUCCAGCUUGUCAAUUUAGACGAAGAUGGCGCCAGCUUGAUCCGCCCGGGUACAGCCGGCGUCGAGAUCUACAACUGCCCGGACGACUUCAUCGCCAUCAACUACCUGCGGCUGUGUGGAGAACGGCUCAACGAUGGUGCCACCACCGAGGAUUACACCCGAAACAGUCCGGUAACGGAUGACAGUGGGGGACCUCUGGUUGUGGGCGUACGAACCAAUGCGGAAAACGUUGGACGAGGGUUCAAACUGCGAUAUCGACAGGAAAUUUGUCAGAAAGGUUAAAUAGACGGUACAUAAUAGUAA